UAAACAAAUACGAAUUUCAUGAAUGUGUAUUGUGUAGUCUGUCUUAGUACCUAUCUAUCGCGCGCGCCGCACCCCGAUUCUAGCUCGGUCGGUAAAGUAGUUUGGUUACUACUAGUACUUACUUAUAAACAAAAUAUUUUUUUCCAUUCGACCGCCGCGCUGCCGAACGGGCACGACGUGUUCCCAAAUUAAAGCGAAAUUAUAAAUUUGUAAUAGAAUUGCGUAUAUUAAUUAAAAAGAAAAAAUAAAGUGAAUCAAAUAAAGCAAAUAUACAUUAACCAAAUAAGAAACAAUAAAUUAAGUACGUCCAGUACACUCAACAACAUCCAAAGUAAAUAAUGGAAACGUGCAGUCGUUUGAAAACCCCAAUAAACAAAUCCAUGAGACCAUGCAAACAUUACCCGACGGAAAAUAAUAAUAAUCAUGACAAAGGUUGUGUCGCCGCAUCCAGCCCGCUAGGAGGACUGCGCCACGUUGACGUGUCGAAACCAAUUAGACUACUAAAUUACAACACGACAUAACCUACAAACGUCCCACUACCGGCCACACGCCUUCCCUCAAUCAACCGGAGGGGGAAUGCAGCAUACUCCACCACGCUGCCCCACUGCGAUCAGUGCCGAUGACACAAGUGAUAGCCGUGGCGGGCGAGCCGGUGUACUUGCCGUGUGACAUCUCCACACAGGAUGAAGACGAUGCUGUGCUUCUGGUGCUCUGGUACCGGGAGGACUUGGGCACGCCCAUAUACAGUGUCGACGCCAGAGAACGAGAUUUCGGCGUAGCAGAGCGGUGGUCAGACGAGAGCGUCUUCGCGUCAAGAGCAUACUUCCUCCCUGAGAGAAGACCGGCCGAGCUGGGAGUAGACCGAGUGAGAGCCACCGACCAGGGCGUCUACAGGUGUCGUGUGGACUUCAAACAAGCCCAGACGAGGAACUCGAGGGUUAAUCUCACUGUUAUAGUACCACCGAGCAAAAUGGUGAUAACGGAUGACAAGGGGGACGUCAAACAGGCAAUAGUCGGGCCCUACGUCGAGGGGGAUUCCUUCACGCUCAAAUGUGACGUCACAGGAGGCCGCCCUCGACCCUGGGUGAAGUGGUUCAGGGACGAAGUGGAGCAGGACACGCCAGCGACCCCCCUCUCCGGCAGCGGGGUCCGGGGGGUCAUAAGAGUGGGCCCCUUGACUCGGGUUGAUGUGAGGACAACUUUCACCUGCCGCUCGUCCAAUCACAUGCGAGCGCAUCCUAUUGAAACAACGCUUACUUUGGAUAUGAAUUUUCCACCACUAACAGUGCACAUCCUGGGAUCCAACCAGCCCCUGUCAGCCAGCAGAAGAUACGACUUGCUCUGUCAAAGCUCAGGGUCUCGACCUCCUGCCUCCAUAACCUGGUGGAAGAAUGGACACAGGAUAAACAAUGCUAAAGAGACAUUAUCAACGGAUGGGAACACGACAACAUCAACGGUAUCACUGCAGUUAAACAAGAACGAUGCUGGUGCUAAGCUGGCCUGCAGGGCGUCCAACCCUCAGAUGCCUUCAGUACCAGCCUUAGAAGACGACUGGACUCUGGACAUACAAUACGUGCCUGAGACAGUAGUGCGGUUGGGAACGAACCUGGACCCGACGAACAUAAAGGAAGGCUCCGAUGUCUACUUCGACUGUAUCAUCAGGGCACACCCAUACGUCUACAAGGUCGAGUGGAGGCAUAAUGGCAAGACUCUUCUUCACAACGUGGGCCAAGGGGUGAUCAUCAGCAACCAAUCACUGGUGCUGCAAGGAGUUGGUAGAAGAACAGCUGGUAACUACACCUGUGUCGGGUUCAAUGCUGAGGGGGAUGGAGAAAGCAAGCCUUUUACUCUUGAUGUGCUGUAUGCCCCAACCUGCAGAAGUUCCCAGCAAAGAGUCCACGGGGUCGCCAAACAAGAGAGGGCACACAUCACGUGUCAUGUCGAUGCAAAUCCGCCUGACGUCACAUUCCGUUGGACGUUCAACAACACAGCCAACAGCAACGAAGUUAGCGACAAUUACGUCUCCAGAGCCGGUACCAGUUCCACUGUCACCUACACUCCUCACACUGAGAUGGACUACGGUACUCUUCUUUGCUGGGCCCACAACAGGAUAGGCAAGCAGAGGGUGCCUUGUGUGUACCAUAUUAUCGCUGCUGGACGUCCAGACCAGGUCCACAACUGCACGGUUGUGAACGCAUCGCUAACGUCGUUUGGGGUGCGAUGCGCUGAAGGCUUCAACGGAGGCAUGCCCCAAUCUUUCCUGCUGGAAGUCAGAGACAUCACCAGCCAGGAAAUCGUGGCCAAUGUAUCGAGCCCGAUCCCUCGGUUCAUGGCUGUGGGCCUCGCUCCAGGAAGGACAUAUGCUGCAGCUGUACUAGCAUACAACGCGAAGGGACGAGGAGACCCUUACCCCUUAAGAGCCAGCACCUUAAGGCCUCCAGAGAAGCAUCAUGUCCAUGAUAAGAGUUUAGACUUGCCUCGGACAGCGUUUCAAAUGUCAGGCGCCAUGUCCGCAGCAGUGGGAGGGGGAGGCGUGUUAAUGGUGGUACUGGUCCUCUUUAUGAUAGCGAUGAGGCAGCGAUGUGCCAAGAGGAAGCCCAGGUCUGCGCCCCCUCCGUCCUCUCAACCAGCUUCACCUGAUAAGCUGAGAGAAAAGGACGACAGCGAAAGCGAUGACAGGAACCCCGAUAUUAUACCUUCGGAUACUGAUCAGAUGCAGAUGGAUUACUAUCGUCAGCAGCAAGUUUCGACGAUAUCCCCCCCUCCAGGCAGUAGGGGGCCUCGAGGAAGCGUCGCUGGGGUCCGAGGGGGCCUGCCCGGAUAUUGUCCGCUGAGGACCGCGCCGCCGCCUUCACAUCCCAUGCAUGACGGAUCCGUGGGGCAUAACACGUCAUCAGGCAUCCCGCCGCCGGCGCGGUUCGCAGCGGGCUCGUGCACUCUGCCUCGGGGGUCCUCCAUGUCAGCCCCCCCGGGUGACACCCGCUGCGGGAUCCCCCUGCAGCACCUGCGCACGCUGCCCCGCCCGCUACCUGCGCCUGCGCCCGCCCCCGCGCCCCGCACCACUCCCCGCGACACCCCUCUCUGACAGACAACACAGCUUUAGGAUACGUGUAAAUAUAAAUAAGACUACGGGCACUAUUUAGUGCCCAUUUUUUAAAGGGGACUACAGUGUUAAGGUUUUUUUUAAGUGAAGAAAGGGGUGUGAGGUCAUACUGCCAUUUUUAUCGUAUGUAAACUCGUGAUGGAAACGACUUUAUCUAGACAAGAAUUGCAACUAAUUACGUGUCGAUUCGCAUUUGUUUUAUAUCCCAAUGAACCUACGGCCGUAUAAGAUAGGUCUUAUUAUUUAUUGUAGGAAAUAAAACAUAUGUUCCGAAAACACAACCUAUGUCAGUCUUAGUGACUAUAUUUUCCAAAUAAUCAUUAUAGGUAAUUGUUUAUUACUUGUCAGAAAAUAAUUAUUUUAGUAUUUUUUAAGCUACAGAAAAAAAACUCAACACCAAUUUUACCGUUUUACCGUAAUACGAGUAGGGUACAAUCGAAAUACUAUUUGAUACGAACAUGGAUUGAACAUUAAUCUAGUAAUUGUGUAAUACGCAAUGCAUCAAGUUACAAAAUCUUAUUUUAAUGACAUCAAUAAUUUGAAACAGCAAGGUAAUAAAAAAUUACAUCAAUAAUUUGAAAAAGUAAGGUAAGUAAUAAAAAUGUUUGCAAGAUUACUUUUGUUCAACGCAUUGACGUUAGCGUAUGACAAAUUGAAUAUAAAGGUAUUUCACAGACUUGUUUCGUCGUUUUCAAAGCUCAUUAAAAAGCCAAAUUUAAAAAUAGGUGAUUUUAUAACGAUUUUGACAACUGAUGCGAUUUUUUGUACUUUUCAAGUUACAAUUUUGUUUAUGAAAAUGGCUAAAUCGAUCUUUAAACAGAGUUUUAAGGUAGGUAGGAUAAAAUUUAAUAAAAAAAUUGUUUGUUUGUAAAUUAAAUGUACAUAUUGCCUAUAAUAAUCAAGUGAAUAGAAUAGUUAAAGUUUGAAAAUCGACAUUAAUAAUACGUAAAUAGUGAAGUGUUGGAAUAUCAAAUGUAUUUAUUUUUAUUAGUUUAUGUUUGGAUAAAAUUAAUAUUUAUUUUUCAUUCGUAAAUGGUUGUGACGU